AUGUCUGAACAAGUGCUUACUUCUAAACUAAUUAACGCAAAUCCCACAAUUUAUACACCCUCAAAAACUUCUCAUAGAGUUCUAACAGAACAAGAUGAGAAGGAGGAUAUCGAAGAUUUGAUUGAUGCUCAGGAAGUUUUUGAUUUAAUUCGUUCAGUUACAGAUCCUGAGCACCCUUUAACUCUCGAAGAAUUAAAUGUAACUCAACUUGAACACGUAACAGUAAACGAUAAAGACAAUAGAGUUUCUAUUGAAUUCACACCUACAAUACCACAUUGUUCUAUGGCUACAUUAAUUGGUUUGUGCAUUCGUGUGAGAUUAUUGAGAAGCUUACCAGAAAGAUUUAAAGUUGAUAUUAUGGUUAGAAAAGGUACUCAUCAAUCCGAACAGGCUGUGAAUAAACAAUUAAAUGACAAAGAACGAGUGGCAGCCGCUUUGGAAAAUACACAUUUACUAGAAGUAGUGAAUCAGUGUUUAUCGACUGCCGGCUUUCGUGGUGAGCCUAUUAUUCGUUGA